GAUUUCUACAGGAAAUACUUUCCGCUGUAGAGAGCAUUUGUGAAGGGCUGCCAUUUUAGCGAGCUUACGGUAAGAAAACUUGCUCUGUGUUGUUGUGUAGUUCACUGACUCCUGUACAUUCACUCGCUCACUCCAGUCACCGUGCUGUAGAUUAAACUGAAUUUUAGCCCUGCUAAUGAGUCAGCGUCGUACUAACAGCUAAUGUAAGCUAGCCUAGCAUGUUUACCCUUCUGUGUCAGACGCUACUGUUAGCAAGCAGAGAGCUGAAAAGGAGAAAUAAUGAAGACAGGAGCACGAAUACAGUAUAAUUAUUAUCUGUCUGCUGGAGCAAUCUUAAAAAAACAGAAUAUGAAUAGAAAUUGAAUGUAAGACAUUUUCUAAAUCUCCCUUUCCCUCCUCUUGUGUCAGCAGCAUCACUGAAUUAUGGGGGUCAAAGUAUUGCAGCUGACCUCCAAGUCCCACCAUGAAAACAUCCUGUCCUCUCUGCAUCAGCUGAUGCUGCAGGGACACCUGAGUGACGUCACGGUGCAGGUGGACUAUCAGGGGGACACAAAAAAGUUUCUGGCUCACCAGGUGAUGCUCGCAGCAUCUAGCGGCUAUUUCAGGAAGAUCUUUCUCUCUCAGGAUGUGACCAAAGACGAGGUGCUUCUCUCGGAUAUGCAUUUCAACAACUUCUCUAAGUUUUUGGAGUUUGUGUACACUGGGCAAAUUAAGGUGGCGAGAGACAAGAUCGGUGAUGUCAAAGCAGUGGCGCAGUUUUUAGACUGUGAGGAUCUGUUGGAAGUUUGUGCUGAGGCUAUGGAUGAUAAAGUAACGGAAAAACCGAUGAAGAAAAUCACUAAACUUGCUGAUAAAGAGGACCUGGAUGGUGCAGAGACAGAAAGUAGAGCCAGACUAAAAAGGCAGCCUAAAAGCUUCCUUCUUAAGAGGCGGCUUCCUUCACAGACCUCUGAGAGAGAAGUUUCAAAAAGACUCAAAGCAAAGAACACAAAAAAAGAUGACCCAACACAGGAGAAGCAGCUAAAAGUUAGACUGGACGGUCACAAAGUCCCUCAGAGGCCUGUAUCUGUGAAAAAAGCUGCAAACAACAACAACAAACAAGAGGGGGACUGGACUGAAGCUGAGGCCCCAGCUGAUCAUCAUUCAGAGGCUGGAGAAGAGUCAUGGAUGGAUGUGCCGGCUGCUGAUUUAGAUGACUGGGAGAGUGAGCCAGAUGAGCAGGGGAGCGAUCCUGAAAAUGACAUGUUGUAUGUUGGAGAAGAAGAGGAAGAAGGGGAGGAGGAUGGGCAGUCUAAGGAGCAAGCAAAAAGGACAUCCAAGGCUCAGUUCCAGUGUGACAAGUGCCAGCGGACAUUCCACUAUGAGAGAAGCUACCUGAAGCACAUCAGGUAAGGUGUCAUAGCACAGAUUGGUUUGAUUUAUUGAUUUUUACCUUAUUUCUCUCAGGUGCACAAACCAAAAAUUUGCAGAUUUGGCCAAACAACUAAUGCCUAAGGCAAAGUCUGCUGGCAAAUCUACUGAAUGUCCACUGUGCACCAAUCUAAUGUCACAAUUAUAAAUGUGGAGGUAAAAGUGAGCAACUUUUGAUUUAACAGGAGAGCUCCACUGUCAUGCUUCAAAGUGCUUUAGACAAGAUAAUACUUUUCAAAUCUUCUGUAAAUGUAGAAAAAGGGGUGUUUCUCUCUUUGAACUGUGUGUAUUCUUCUGGACAGCACAUAUCAUGGAAUGCAAGCAGAUGUCGUCUACCGUUGUGAGACCUGCCAGCAGACCUUUGCCAACCGCAGCAACCUGAAGAUCCACGAAAAGCACGUCCACAGUAAUGAGAGGCUUUUUUCGUGUGAAUCCUGCGCAAAGACUUUCAAGCGAAAGAAAGACGUAGUCCGCCAUCAAAGACAGGUGAGAAUAAAUCGCACACUGAGCGGCUUUUUGCCUUAUUCGUAGGGAUGGGAAUCGAGAACCGUUUCUUGUUAAGAACCGGUUCCAAAUGGUUCAAUCCAUCGACAUAAUUUACAUUUUAUCUUAACGAUUCCUUUCUUCCGGGUGCCUUGAAAAACGGUCUCGCAAGUGCAAGUCUACGCAAACGAUAUCAAUAAAAUCGUAUUAAUUCCCAUCCCUACUUAUUCGCUGUCAUUGUGAGAAGUUUGAUGUAUUCAAGUUUAAUCAUUUCAAUGUUACAUUAUUUCAUUACAGGUACAUGAGCGCAACAACCUGCGACAUGUCUGCCGUGUCUGUGGAAAGGCGCUCAGCUCGAAAACAGCUCUGCUGUUGCAUGAAAGGACACACACAGGUGCAAAGCCUUUUGAGUGCAGUGACUGUGGGGCAAGAUUCACCCAGAACUCUGCACUCAAGAUGCACCGCAGGUACAUAACACCGGCCGAAGCAUUCUCAGUCAUUGUAAUUAUUCUGUGAUUUAACCAGCUUGAAACUGAAGUGAUCUUCUCUUUAUGUGUUAAGGACUCAUACAGGAGAGAAGCCAUUUGCUUGUGACGAGUGCGAUUCCCGGUUCACUCAGAAACACAUGUUGGCCUAUCAUAAACGAUCACACACAGGUAAGAGUAAAAUGAACGAGUCAGCUUUCUCCAGCUUUGGGAGUUUUAGGAUUAAGACUAGACUGGCAAAUACUCAUACCAGACUGGAAGUCAAAAAAAGGUUGUUCUUUUAAAUUUUUUUGCUGUUAGGAGAGAAACCGUUCAUGUGUGAGGCCUGUGGGAAGAGCUUUGCAUCCAAAGAGUACCUGAGACACCACUCAAACAUCCACACAGGGUCAAAGCCAUUUAAGUGUGAAAAAUGUGGCCGUGGAUUUGCUCAGAGGAAUUCCCUCCACCAGCAUUUGAAAAUACACACAGGUAUUUGAGAAAAUAAUGAUUGACAAAUGUAAUAAUCUGCAUCUUUCUCUUGAAUUCUCAUGUGUGUUAUUUUGUCCUGUGUCCGGUCUCUAUCUGUUGACUGUCAGGUGAGCGUCCGUACAGCUGUAAAUUCUGUGAUAAGCAGUUCACCCAGCUCAAUGCCCUGCAGAGGCAUCAGCGUAUUCACACAGGAGAGAAGCCCUUCAUGUGUGGUCUUUGUAAACGCACCUUUACAGAUAAGUCCACCCUGCGCAGGCACACUUUGGUGAGCAGCUGUGUGUUGUAUAUUGUGUACAUCAGACUGUCUAUUUUUGAUGGAUAAAGAAAUGAUUUAACUUGAAUCUCUGUCCUGUAAAUAACCUGUGCUUUUUAAUUAUUUAGAUUCAUGAUGCAGAUGCGCCCUGGAAGAACUACCUUGUUGUGCUGGAGAACAAUGUUGAAGAAAAGAAGCCCAAAACUCCCACGAAGGAGAAGACUGAAAAAUCAGUGGUAGGGGAGAAAAAGGGCACCCCCAGAAAAAACAGUGAAAGUGCAGCUUCUGAUGUUGUCAUUUCUGCUGGUGGCCCUGUUAAAUCCAGCUCUGACUCCAUCAUGGUGCAGGGUACACCUGUCUCCCUUCCUUCUGACUGGGCCACUCAUGGAGCCAUCGCUCUCGUCAGUCACGGCACCCUCGGCGGGAUAACUGUCAUCCACACUGAAAUGCCACCUGGGACUCAAAUCCAGCCCAUUGUAACCACCGACAGCACAGGAGCCAGUGUUAUUUCUUUGGACGGAUCAGCUAUUCCUGUCCCCUUCUCUAUACCCGUGUCCAUGGCUCAGACUAUCCCCCUGGUCUCUGAAGCUUCCGCCACUCUCGUGGUUCCUGUUCCUGACAGCGCCUUAACCUCAGACACAGAGAUUCCCACUGUUUCUGCCUCAUCUGUGCUGGAAGCUGCAGCCUCACAGACCAUUUUAGCUCCUGAUUCAGAGAAUAAACCUUCCACUUCUGAGGCAGACAUUUUGCCUCCUGAUAUUCAAACUGUUAUUAUCACUGAUAAGAUUACAGGCAGAGAACAAACAGAUACUAACCCGAAAGAUGACCAGCAGAGGACUGAUGAAAAACCCAUAGCUGAACCUGAAGAGACCCCGACUGAAGAUGCUGUUUAGAAAAUGGAAGAAUUCAAAGGAUAUUUUUGUGAUUAAGGGAAUUGAAAAUCCAGUUCAGUCCUGCUCUUUAUGUCAUAUCUGUUUACUUGAGCAUUUGUGGAUUAACGAUGUUUCAUAAUCAUUGUAAGUUUAAAUCCAGUAUUUCAUCAAGACUUGAAUGUGAUGUUCAGCGUUUGUCUCAGUCUGUUAAAAUGUAAAGUAUUCACCUGAAGGUCAUGCAGAUUUUACAUAACUAGUCAUGGCAUAACUCAAAGAAAUGAUAAGAAGCAGGAAUUAUAUUUAUUACAAAUAAAAUGAAGGGAACUGUUUACUCAUUUUAAUAUUCCAGGUUUACUCCACACCAACCAAAUUCACUUGAGCUAUAUGUUACAUCAUGUGUUGAAGGAUUUACAAUGAUGGUAUUAGGUUGAUACUCCUGCAAAUUUGUCAGAAAUCCUUGGUUGUAGCAGAGCAGCACCCCUGUGAAUCCUCAAGUAGCUUUUCACUCACCUUAGAAACACUUUCUGCAACUCUGCUCCUAAUUUAUGGUCAUCUAAAUGUAAAUGAAGUUGCCCUAAUCCUUCAGAGUUCUGGCACAGCUCUCUCUCUGGAACCUUUUCCGUAUAAACACAGCUGUUAUUUAAGCUGUUUAUGUACAGAAGCUACCUGUGUAAUCCUUAAGGAUUUAGACGGCUGCUGCCAAUUGCAGAAUUUCUAUUUUAUUUUUUUUUACUGAAGGUCCAGGAAAAAUAACCCCAAGAGUUUGGAUCUUUAACUUAAUAGGAAAGAAACAAGCUGUCAAACCCAGGUUUUUAUGCACUUCAUCAUACAUUCACUACUGAUAGAUUACAGAAAAUAGGACAUCAGGAUACCAUAUGAGACAGCAGAAGCUCUAAAACAGAGGCAUAUAAAGAAAUUCACAGUCUAUCAUUACAAAGUGAUAUCUUAUAUUUCACUCUGAAAACGUUAAAGGUGGUGUAUGCAGGACCUGAGGAAGUGUCAGUUAAAGGGAUAUGCCGACCACUUGCUUCUCUAGUUAUACGACUGCAGGAUAGCAAUACACAGCGGUCUUAGGAGCCACACACAAACCUCAACCAAAACGCCA